CUGUACCGAUCGUUCGAGCGCGCGACCCAACACGCCCGAGCGUUUGACGCGAUGCGUGGGAAAGUUCGGCGGCGCAAACGCGAUUCCCUCAAACAGAGGAUUCCGAGCGGCUCGUUUGCGUUGUUAUGAAAUGCAAAUAAAGAGGCGUGGUUUUUUAUAAAAUGGGGAAACUGGACUGACAGCCCUGCAGCUGAGGCCCGAGCCUGUCGCUGUCGUUCGUUUGAACGCAGUGUAACUGUUACAGAUGCACUGCAGCCUUUAUUACUAAUGUCUCCUUUAAGAAACGCGUUCAAACCCGUUCGUUUAUUCAGUGCUGUGCGUUUGCUUUGAAAUGCGAUGAAUCUUCAUAUGAGAAUGAAGUGAAGAAAGAUGCAUGCGUCUGUGUGUGUGUUAUGGACAUGAAAUCGCAGGAUUAUAACCGGACAUACUGUAUAAUGUUUGAAACAUUGACGUGGCUGUAGGCGGCGCGAGCGCUCACAGCUGUCAACAUCACCUGACGCCGUGACGUCACACGCAGCACCCAAAAUGGCGGAACAACAACACAGCAGAGCGGCGUCUUCAGGACCGGACGAUGAGGACGAGGCGUACGAGAUGCUGGAUCUGACCGCAUACGCUCGGACGCAGCAGUGGUGGAGCGCCGUGUUCGGGAGCAGCUCCGGCCCCAUCGCUGAGAAACACUCCGUGGCCACUCAGAUCAUGAUGGGUGGCGCGGCGGGCUGGUGUGCGGGAUACCUGUUCCAGCGGGUGGGGAAGGUCGCCGCUACGGCCGUCGGAGGAGGAUUUCUGCUGCUACAGAUAGCCAAUCACAGCGGCUACGUCCAAGUAGACUGGAAGAAAGUGGAGAAAGAUGUUAACAAAGCAAAGAAACGUCUGAAGAAAAAAGCCAAUAAAGCCGCACCUGAGAUCAACACGUUUAUUGAGGAGGCCACUGAAUUUGUGAAGAAAAACAUCGUUGUUUCAAGUGGAUUUGUCGGCGGCUUCCUGCUCGGCCUCGCCUCUUGAGCUGAAGCGGCUUUCCUGUGAUAUCGUGAAGAGCGUCUUCCCAUCAUGCACCUGACGAUAGGCUGGCGCUGUACACUCAUUCAUCCGGUCAGGACUCGCUGGCUUCUUCGCUCACGUAGUGAUUGUGAGUUUGAUGAUAUGAAGGUGAAAGUGAUCUUAUUCUUUACAGAGCUGUGCACUUUAGAGUCUGUCUGAAACAGCUGCAGAACGGAUGGAGAACGAUCCUCUGCUGAUGCUCGUACAGAUGUUUUGUCUACUGUUGUAUUUUCAUGUAUGUGUUUGUAAGACAUUGGGAUUUCGUGUGUUGUUUCUGCAUUACGGUCAGCCGCAGGUUUAUUAGUUUGUUCACUCACUGUUUCUUUUAUGGCGAAUGUUUACAUUGUAAAUAAAAAUGACUUCUGAUUUAA